CUUGUUUGCAGGGAAAGGUUUUGGUGUUGUGAUGUGAAUGAAGCUGAAGCUGAAGUCCUGAGGGAUUUGGGGAAGUUUUGGAAUUAAGAAGAAUCUGAACUUUUCUCCAAAAAGCAAAAGAAGACAAAAACUUUUUGGACCAUCACUGAAACUCUGGAUGGUCAUCACAAGCAAACGUUUGUUGUUUUCUUUAUCUUUAUCUUUGUUUGUUCAUGGAAUCUUUAGGAUUUGUAAGAAGAUUAAAGUGCUGCUGCAUCACAUUUCAGCCUUUUUUUUUUUAAUUGGUGACUUUUUGUGCACUUUUCGAAACCAGAAAGGAGGAAGUUUGAAGAGGAAAAACUGCUCAAAAUAAAAAAUAGGACAAGAAAAGCCAGCUGUCUUAAGAGCAACCUCGGCUCCUGUGUGUGUGUGUGCGUGUGUUUUGGCGGAUAUGUUUAAAAAGAUGCGCUGAUGUGACACCGAUAAAGAAAGACACUGAAUUACAACUAAUAAACAAAGGAACCGAAUCGGAACCGAAUAUGGAUCACUUCAAAUUCAAUCUGUUUUUUGUCGUUUAUGUGGCAGUGCUGCACAUCCAAGCUUACAAAACUGUGUCAGGCUUGCAUUUCAAGCUCAGCCCAGGAAAUAUAACUUCAUCACUGGGGAAGCCGGUGGAGAUGCAGUGUAUCCUGAUGAUGGAGGAGGGUGAUGAAGGAGAAGAAGGUUCUUCAGACAUUCAGUGGCUCAGAGAAGGAGAGCUGCUCGAGUACUCAGACACCAACCAAGUGCAGAUGCCUUCCGAUGAUGAGACAUGGCUCGUCAUCAGUACACUUCGGAUUGCAAAGGUGCAGCUUUCAGACAUGGGUGCUUACCGCUGUGCGGUGGCCACUGGGGACGAGGAGACGAUGUCCGCUGAAGGACACCUUCAACUGGAAGGUCUCCCACAUUUCUCUGUUGAACCCCACCACAUGUCCGUAGUGGCAAACAUGAGCCUGAGUCUGAAGUGUGUCGCUCACGGGCCUCCUGAACCGGUCCGGAUCAUCUGGCUUCAGGACGGAGCACCUCUCAACACGCUGGAUGACCCCAUGGCUCUUUCUCCGUCCCGUCUCAACCUCACAGGACUAAAGAAAAGCAGCUCUUUCUCCUGUGAAGCCCACAAUCGCAAAGGUGUAGCAUCAUCCAGCUCUGGAGUUAUAACGGUACUCCCUUCCCAGCCACAGGAUCUUAAAGAAGUGGAAAUAACUAAUUCCAGCAUUCGUCUGUCCUGGUCUCCAGGUUUUGCAGGAAUUUAUACCAUCAGUCUCUGCACAGUUCAGGUAAAGCCUUCAGGAGAGAACUACGACGUGAUCCACAACCAAAAUGUUAACGUUCCACCUGCCAGUCACCUGAUCUCCGACCUGAAGCCUUUCACCCGAUACGACGUUAGAGUCGCCUGCCGGAGCAACCAGGGGGUCUCUGAUUGGACGCCUUGGGUGACCUUCAGCACCAAUGAAGGAGUUCCAGACAGUGCACCAGUAAACAUCACUGCUAUGAUGAACGGGACAGAGGUACUGAUCAGAUGGGCCGAACCUGACGGAAAGAUAAACGGAGAGCUUCAGGGCUACAUGAUCGAGUACAGAACACCGAAUACACAACAGGUUGUGCUGGACAUUGGAAUGGUAACCGAGCUGACAGUCAACACGUCGGUCCCCUUAUCAAACAUCACCUUCAGGGUGCGAGCCUACACUAGGGCAGGAUAUGGACCAUGGACCCCGGUCCAGACUUUGUCCCUUGUUCCUACAGAUCCAAAGCCAUCAAGUCACUCCUCUCUUCCAGCGAUGUCAUGGCACUGGUGGUAUGUGGUGAUGGCUGUGGCCGUAGCUAUAGGUCUGGCGGUGCUCAUGGCCGUCUACAUGGCAAAGCUGAGGCGGAAGGAAACACGUUUCGGUGAAGCGUUUGAGCCCAUGAUGGAGAGCGGAGAGCUGGUGGUUCGCUAUCGAGCUCGUCGUACCUACAGCCGCCGCACCAACGAAGCCACAUUGAACUCGCUGGGCAUCAGUGAUGAACUCAAACAGAAGCUACAAGACGUAAUGGUGGACAGACACAAACUAACACUGGGAAAAACACUCGGAGAAGGUGAGUUUGGCUCCGUUAUGGAGGGUCUGCUGACUCAAGAGGACUCGGUUCUUAAAGUAGCGGUCAAGACAAUGAAGAUUGCUAUUUGUACCCGCACUGAGAUGGAGGACUUUCUGAGAGAAGCGGCCUGUAUGAAGGAGUUUGAUCAUCAGAAUGUCAUGAGGCUCCUAGGUGUCUGUUUGCAGACGGUAGAGAGUGAAGGUUUUCCGUCUCCUGUGGUGAUUUUGCCCUACAUGAAACACGGUGACCUGCACAGCUACCUGCUUUACUCAAGACUUGGAGACUCACCUGUAUAUCUACCGUCUAAGAUGCUGGUGAAGUUUAUGACAGAUAUCGCACGAGGAAUGGAGUACCUGAGCAGCAAGAACUUCAUCCACAGAGACCUGGCAGCACGUAACUGCAUGCUGAACGAGAACAUGAACGUGUGUGUUGCUGACUUUGGGCUCUCGAAGAAGAUUUAUAAUGGUGAUUACUACAGGCAGGGCCGCAUCUCCAAAAUGCCUGUCAAGUGGAUUGCGAUUGAAAGCCUGGCGGACAGAGUUUACACCACCAAGAGUGAUGUGUGGUCCUUUGGUGUGACAAUGUGGGAAAUCGCUACACGUGGUCAGACUCCGUACCCCGGCGUGGAAAACAGUGAGAUUUACGACUACCUGAGACAAGGCAACCGCCUGAAACAGCCUCCGGACUGUCUGGACAGCAUAUACUCUUUGAUGUUCUCCUGCUGGUUGCUCAGCCCGAAGGACCGGCCGAGCUUUGAGGUCUUGUGCUGCCAGCUUGAGAAAGCUCUGGAUGAGCUUCCUGACCCGCAGGACCCUGACGAGAUCCUCUACGUCAACAUGGAAGAGUCAUCAGGAGAGCUGGGGGCUGUCGGGGGACGGGAGCCCAACAUAGCUGUUGGGAUGUGCUCUCUGGGGCCGUUGAAGGGCACGGAAUCAGUGGCGACAGCAGAGAUUCACCAACCAGGUCGCUACGUCAUCUGCCCUCAACACGAGAGCCAGCGUCUGUUCAGUGGCGAAUCGGUAGAAAGCCUGAACCUCACAGGCUCAACGCCGACUUUAUUACUCCAGCCGUCAGCUCGCUCGACUCCUGUGCCAUCCUUUGAGAUGAACAGAUCUGAGGAUAGAGAGGGCCUGGGGGGCAAAGGGCUAAUGUGGUAGUGACACUUACACUGAAUGAGAGACAGUAGAUAUAUAGAGGCACUGUACUGCCUGAUCAGUUACUCUGGAGAAGGAUCCAAUUAGAGAUUUGUCCUUUGUCCCUUUGUCCACCAUUUCCACCUCUUCUGAUUGUGGAAGCACACGUUAGCACACCUUCACAUUCCAUAACGCUUUUCUUAUGCGAUCCACAGCCGGCGUUUCUCUGAACUCAUCAGAUGUGGAGGAAGAUUGGACUGUAAAUUAGUUUUUUUCCUUUUCUUUUUUUGAGUUUGCACAUCCUUUCUACUCAGCUGUACUUCUGGUGUGAAAAAGGGAUUUUUUUUUUUUUAAUUUUCCAUUAAUUCAUCUUUGAUUUUAUUCCAUUAUACUGAUCAGUAAAAGUAGAUCCAGAAUCUUUCCUAGAAUCAUUGGGGAAAUUUAUUGUAGUCAUUUUGGGAGGUGGGAAGAAACCAGAGACACUGGAGGAAACCCACAGUGGUACGAAUGUGGUAAAGCUCCCUGUGCACCACCAUGUCACCUAAAUACAUGUUGGAAGAUCUUCCAUCAUUGUCAAAGGGAAUGUUAGCUUCCAUGAGGCUCAGCUUGGCCUCAUGUUUCAUAUUUGUAUUUGUAUAAUUCACACAAACCAAAUAGCAAUUAAUGGUUGUAUUAUCCAGGUCUCAAGGUGGAACAUUUGAACUAGCACCAGCUCCAUUUGUAGACAAAUCCACAUCAUCAAGACUGCUGACACACACAAACAUCUACCUGCUGAAAGUAAAAGCCAUUUAAAAAGCUAAACGGUGGCAGCGACUCAUCUUCGGAGAAGAAAGUCGAAUUUUAUAAGCUAGCAUAACACCGUGCUAAAGUACCACAUGUGAAUCUAGCAUUAGGAGGUCCUCAGGAGAUACUAGCUCUCGAACCAUUUAUUAAUAACGUGGAAAUGUCAAUGACACGAGAGCAGCUUCACCAGCAGAUCACUGCCAAACUGUAGAAGGGAACCAAUCACAGUUAAACCUGCUUUCUCUUUACUUUAAGACAGAGUCCAUUUAAGAUUCCAUUUUUUUUUAUAUUAUUUCUUACAGCGUUCGUCUUCAGAUCUCUUCGUUCUAACCUUUCCAAAGAGUCACAUGGCCAACUUGAAGCACUUCUGUCUUGAAAGCUGACAUAGACAUAAAAUACAGAAAGUUUAAAUAAUCGUAUUGUCAAAUUUUUAGGAGAAAGCAAAUGGCUAAUUUAACCUAAGAUGAAGAAAUUUGUCAUUGUUUUUUUGCAAAACGUAUGCUUGUUAAGAUCUGUAUAUAGAUUUGCAAACAAAAAAGUUCAACAAAACCAAAUCCUUUGUACAGUUUUGGACACCGUUAGAAGAAAUUCUGUCACUUUACCUGUCUACCUACCUGGUAAUAACAUAACGAUGAGAUAAAUACACACUUUACUCAAAAGGUACUGGGAUGAACAGAGACCAGUUUUAUGGUUUCUGUGACAGCGGAAAACAUGGAGGUCUUUUAUAGCAGUGUAAAUAGGGCACUAGGUAAUACGUGGUUAGGACAUAAAAUAAACCCCAGUCCAGGCACUGCCUUGGUUCAGCAGGAGCUCGACUCAAGCACAGUAUUAUUUCUUUGUUAUUGUCAUUGUGUAUAUAUGAAAUCAUUGCACUAAUCAUUUCCAACAGCUGUUUUUUAUUUUUUUAUGUGUGUGUUCUUCUAUUUCGCCUUUCGCAUUCAUUUGUUCAACAUCCCCCUGAACCCAGAGUGUGUUUGUCAUUUUUUUUGUUAAAAUGAAAUCCUUUUAAAAAUUGUGUCACUGAUAAUAUCGAGGAUUGAAACACCAAAUUCUUCGUUUGUUUGUAUGUCGAAUGUACGUUCAUUUUUUGUGGUACGGACUUUGGCACGUUUUCCCAAAUAUUCGUAUAAAGUCACAGCGAUUUAAAACUUUUUCAAUUAUGCGAAUUUGUUUGGAUAUUAUAUCAAUAUUCAUAAAAUCACAUUUAAAGUUUCGUCUGUUCAGGUACAUUCAACAGGCCAAGACAUCAACGUGUCGUUAAUUGCCACAAUCUUUGAUAUUUGCAUAAUUCUGACAAAUUUUUCCCCAUUGUAAUUAAACACAUCUUUGCUUGUACUACAUAUUCAAGACCUUCCUACCAGUGCGGUAGGUUCAGUUUCCAUGAAAUAACAUUUAAGGUCAGUUAUACAAGGGUUUAUUUCCCCGCAUGGUUAGUUGUGUAUACUUGGGUAUGUAAAUAUUAUAUUACAUCUAUAUUCACAUACAUGUGAGCUACACACUUCAGUGCCUUUGGGAAAGCCAGUAUUUUGCCUUAAGAUAGUACUUUAAUAUGUAGCAUUAGGCAUUUAUGUCUAGUUAAUAUUAAUGAUGCUAUUAUCGUUUUUUUUUUUUUUUGUAAGAUUUUGAUACGCUUUUAUAUGAAAUAAAUGCUAUCUGCACAAUUCA